AUGACGACUGUUCCGGACCAGCUUAUCUCCAUCAAGUUCCGUGGAGGCCAUCGUAAGCCAUCGGACACGCCUGAGGUCACGAAGGCCACGAAGAAGAACAAGAAGAAGGUCGCCAACAGCAAGUACCCGACGGGCGCCAGCAGUGAUGUGCCUGGUGACGAGGACGAGCUUAGCGGCAAUGGCUCAAUUUUCCCGAAGGCCCCCUCGAUGACUGAUCUUCUCCCGCGCGCGCGUACGGCCUUGCCUCUUUGGCAGGUUCUUAGAAGUCACGAAAUCGCCAGUGGAUGGUGGCCGGGGUCGAAGGACUGA